CGAUUUGCUGCAAGUGCACGGAGUCAGCUGUUUGCCGCCUCCUCUGACCGACAAGAACACGCUCAGAGCACGCAGACAUGGCACGCACAGCGGCCAACGUCCUGGAGGACCCCCAAAUCACCGUUCGGCUGAAGCAUGGCAUCCACACCAUCUUCUUGUUCGCGAUGCUCGACUGGUCCUUCUCUCGCCUUACCACCGAGCUUCUCUCCAUCCUGCGGGACCGCUACAAGGACGGCUUGACCACCUCGAUUGCUCCGCCCAAGAUCACGCCGGUGCCAGCAAAUGACGGCGACGGUGUCAGGGUUGCUUACGCCGUUCCCGCGAACCCGAGCGAUCUGUCACAGGGGUGGAAGAAUCUCAAGGUUAAACCCGAGGAUACGCUGGGCAAAAAGGGGCUUACCGAUAUGUGUUCUGUCGCCUUUUCCUUGCUGGAUUCCGAUGCCGAUGAAGAGGGGGUCGAAUUCUUGGUGGAGCUGCCAUCCUUGGAGGGCGAAGAGCUGUGAGAAUUCGGUCCAUCGUAGAGUUCCAAGGGUCACUCCAUUGGAGGACGCGAGAUACACAGCGCUGUAAAUCCGGGAACCCAGGGGGCAAGGUGGCAGGCGGCAGCCUAGCUGACAUGCCAUGUAGAGUUGUCCGCCAGUCCUACCUCCAGCUGAAAAGGGCGAUGCUAUGUCCGCAAACCGUCGAGACGGCAGUCAAGACAUUGAGAUGCGGAGCAAGUCGAUGGCUCGAGUUUCAACAGCCGGAAGGGCUCAGCUCUGGCAAGAGUUUGGAAACCAACAGGGGAGGUUCCACCCCAACCUCGAGGCGGUCCGAUGCUAGGGCAUUCGAGGGCCAGAUACAUUGUCACUUAUUGAGAUGCUUAGUCAAUUU